AUGGGAGGCGGAGGGCCGGGCCGCCCGACGCGGCGGGGACCCGCUUGCCUCUGGGUGACGCUGGCGCUGGCGUGGGGCGCGGGGAGCCGGGCCGCCGCGGGGGAGGGGGAAGGAGACGGAGAGCCCGGGCCGGGGGACGCGGGGACGCCGUGCGGGGCGGAGGGCUGGGCGCAGACCGCCGUCCCGCCGGUUCCGGCCUUCGCGGCCGCGGCGUCGUACCGCGGGCCGGGCAACGACGACGCGCGGGGCGACGAGGCGCUGCCCAUCCUGCUGUGGUGGAGCGGCAGCCUCUUUCCGCACUUCCCCGGCGACACGGAGCGCAUUGACUGCCCGCGGGGCUCCUGCCUCGUCACGCGCAGCCGGCGGGCGGCGCGGCACCGCCGCACCAAGGCGCUCAUCUUCUACGGCACCGACUUCCGCGCCUACGAGGCGCCGCUGCCCCGCCUGCCCCACCAGACGUGGGCGCUCUUCCACGAGGAGUCGCCCAUGAACAACUUCCUCCUCUCGCACCCGCCCGGCAUCCGCCUCUUCAACUACACGGCCACCUUCCGCCGCGAGUCGGACUACCCGCUGACUCUGCAGUGGCUGCCCGGCGCGGGUUACCUGCGGGGCCCGGCGCUGCCCCUGGCCGAGAAGGACGAGUGGCGGCGGCGGGGCUACGGGCCGGUGCUCUACGUGCAGUCCCACUGCGACGUGCCCUCGGACCGGGACCGCUACGUGCGGGAGCUCAUGAAGUACAUCCAGGUUGACUCCUAUGGAAAAUGCCUUCAUAACCGGGAGCUUCCCAGCGAGCGACUGAGAGACACUUCAACAGCCACUGCAGAAGAUCCCGAAUUCAUGGCUUUUAUCGCCAGGUACAAGUUCCACCUGGCCUUGGAGAAUGCCAUAUGUAACGACUACAUGACAGAGAAGCUGUGGCGUCCAAUGCAUUUGGGUGCUGUCCCAGUGUACCGAGGCUCCCCAGCCGUGCGGGACUGGAUGCCAAACAACCUCUCCAUCAUUCUUAUCGAUGACUUUGAGAGCCCCCAAGAGCUGGCAAAGUAUCUUGAUUUCCUUGACAAGAAUGGAGAGGAAUACAUGAAGUACCUAGAGUAUAAAAACCUUGAUGGCAUCAAAAACCAGUUCUUGCUAGAGAACUUGGAGAGGCGGGAGUGGGGUGUGAAUGACAUGACUUUGCCCAAUUACCUGAAUGGCUUUGAGUGCUUCGUCUGUGACAGGGAGAACGCCCGGGUCAGAGCGGAGCAGGAGCACAAAAAGUCUGGUGGGAAAACUCCAGCUCCUGCACCUCACAUAGCUCAUUUCCAGCACAUGGGAUGCCCUAUGCCAACCCCUGGGUUUGGAAGUAUUGAAGACCUCCCUGGGGAAGACAGUUGGAAAGAGAUGUGGCUUCAGGACUAUUGGCAAAGCCUUGAUCAGGGUGAGGCCCUCACUGCUAUGAUUCAUCACAAUGAGUCACAUCAGGGAAGAUUUUGGGAUUAUAUGCAAGAGAUUUUUCUCAAGAGGACCAGGCAACACUGAUCCAUCCCUUGGUUUGAAAAUUGCAUUGAAAGUUGUGACUGAGAAUUCUUACUUCUCUCCAGAUAUUUGCCUUCAAAUAGAAGAAACUCUUGCAGACUGUUUUUCUGGUGCAUGAAGUGAGUGAUCCUCUGCUGUGAUUUCAGCUGUGGAGAUGUUAGCAACUGAAUCUUGUAUCUGAAUUUCAGCUCUGUGGUGUGAAGCUCCUCCUGACAUGCAGGAGGAGCAGAAGAGGAAUUUUGCAUUUGGUAUUGCUUCCCUGUGGCUUCCUUGAUUUCAAAGGAAUGUAUUUCAGACUCUGCUCAAAUGCCCUAAGUUAUUUCAGGAACUUUUUUUUAUAUUCAUAACACUUGUUUUUUUUUAUAUUUUACCACAUGCUCUCCUCAUUAAGUUAUACUUUUACCUAAUAUUAACAAAUAGCUUUUCCAGUGAAUAUAUUCUGAAGAAGACUUAUGUCUGUGGAGAGCAGUUGUGCCUUAUGAAAUUGCAGCAAUAAAGUCUCUUCUCUCCAAGUAAA